AUGGCGGACGACCUGGAGCCUGAUGGUCCAUACAAGGUCAUUGUCAUCGGCGACGGCGCCGUCGGCAAGACAUCGAUCAUUAGCCGCUACGCUCUCGGCACUUUCGACGAAGGAUACAAGAAGACACUCGGCGUGGACUUUGCGCUGAAGCUGGUGGAGCGAAAAGGGAAGCAAGACGUGUACUUGCAGCUGUGGGACAUCGCAGGACAAGACCAGUUCUCCAGCUUGACCCGAGUGUACUUCCGUCACGCGUCUGCGUGUGUCACUGUGUUUGACCUCACAGCAAGGCAAACCUUUGAGAAUGUGAAGAAGUGGAUGGACGAGGUUGAGGCCAAGGUGAACACGUCAGAAACAGGGCCUGUACCAGCAAUCUUGCUGGCAAACAAGUGCGAUUUGAAACCCCACGAAGUCUCGGAUGCAGAGAUUGAGGAGAUGAAGGAGCGAUACAACUUUGUUGCCUGGUUCAAGACCUCAGCAAAGGAUAACACCAACAUCGACAAGGCCAUGGCAACGCUGGUGGACCACAUCAAGCCAACAGAAUUUGACGAUCCCGAGCCGUUCCCAGAGCCGCCAAAGGACGACUCAAGAUGUGCCGCUUGCUCGUAG